AACAUCACUUCAUGGCAUCACAAUUGAUCUCCUCCUGGAUUGCUCCACCCAAUUUAAAAAACAUGAACUAGAUGAAUGCAAGCAUCAUUCAUUGAUGUCCGUUAAGAAACCAAAUGAAAACGUAUCGUUCUUUUUUCUCAAAGCAUUCUGCCGCGUAAAUCUUUUUGUCAGCCGGUUUCUGCAACUCCCUGUUCUUCUGCGCUCUGUAAUUCAGCAUUAGCUUCAAAUGGAUCGCCUGGUUGCGGCCAACGAACUUCCCUUCAGGGUUUCGUUCACCGGUCACAGUGGGCACCUCAGAGUGGAACCUCUUCCGCCGGUUGAACGCCCCAACCCUCUCAGAAGCCUUCCUGAUUUGAUCCUGCCUCCAGCAUUUGAACCAGACACACCAGACUCAAUUCUGAAGAAUGUGGAGAACAAGUAUCUUAUGCCAGAUCUUGAUGUUGAAGAAUUUAAUCCUGACAAAUGUGGCAGGCAGUGGGAGUUUGAUUGGUUUAACAAUGCUAUUGUACAUCUGGAGCCAUCUGCACCACGUUUAACUAUAAUUCCAGUUUGGGAACCACCAUAUAGACGUGCCUGCAAAGAAGAACCUGGCAACAAAGAAGAGUUGAUGCUACCUCAAAAUGCAAACGAUAAAUCUUCAAGCAACUGGAUUCCAAAAUCUCUGCAGAUUGAAGUGAGAGACAUAGAAAGAACACAAGAUUCAUCCUCUGUUUUGCGUCGGCCUGGAGCCCCAGAAGACUUUGUAAGGGGAAAUACAAACAGCCGUCCAUUUCUUCCUGGAGGCUUUGAAGAAACCCAGACUUCAGAAAGAUACCUUCCUGAAGGUGCAUCUAAUGGGGAUUGGGUGCAUGAAAUUAUUGAAGGUGGUUGUAUGCAGACAAUCCCACCGGGAUUUAAACAUGGGUUGGAUCUUGGCACCCCCAAGGCAUAUUCACAGUCAAGAAUCAACGUUGAUGAACAUCGUCCCCAAAUUGCAGAUUUUUCCAAGAAUAAAAGGGAUGGAUUAUCUGUGCAAUUUGAUGACUUAUUCAAGAAAGCUUGGGAAGAAAAUGUUCCAGUGGAAGAGAGUGAUGAAGAUGCAGAAAAUUCUCUGGGAGCAGAAGAUAUCAAUCCAGAGGGCAGAGAACCUGACAGUAUGGAUAUCAAUCCAGAGGGCAGAGAACCUGACAAUAUGGAUGAUGAAGUGCAUGAUAUAGCUUUAGAUGAAACUACAGUUUUGGAUGAAAUUCUUUCUAGCACCCAACAAGAUAUAAAGAAAGAAGAAAGUUACGGAAAAGCUGAACAAAAGAAAGAGGUGUGGGCUGUCAUGGGAGGUGAUGGCGACAUUGCAGGCCGUUUUUCAGAACUUGUGCCUGAUAUGGCCCUUAAUUUUCCUUUUGAGCUGGAUAAGUUUCAGAAAGAGGCUGUGUAUUAUAUUGAAAGGGGUGAUUCAGUUUUUGUGGCUGCUCAUACAUCAGCUGGAAAAACGGUUGUUGCAGAAUAUGCCUUUGCAUUGGCUGCCAAACACUGUACACGAGCUGUGUAUACAUCUCCAAUAAAGACCAUCAGUAACCAGAAAUAUCGUGAUUUUAGUGAAAAGUUUGAUGUUGGUCUUCUGACCGGUGAUGUUAGCUUGAGACCUGAAGCCUCGUGCCUCAUCAUGACAACAGAAAUUUUAAGGUCUAUGCUCUACAAAGGAGCAGACAUUAUUCGUGACAUUGAAUGGGUUAUAUUUGAUGAAGUGCAUUAUGUAAAUGAUGUUGAGCGUGGAGUUGUUUGGGAGGAGGUUAUUAUAAUGCUUCCAAGACAUAUCAAUAUUGUACUCCUAUCUGCAACGGUACCAAACAGAUUGGAGUUUGCUGAUUGGAUUGGACGAACCAAGAAGAAAAAAAUAUAUGUCACAGGAACAACACAGAGGCCUGUGCCACUUGAACACUAUCUGUAUUAUUCAGGGGAACUCCAUAAAAUUUGUGAGAGAGAAAUGUUUCUACCACAUGGAGUAAAAGCAGCAAAAGAAGCAUAUGUGAAAAAGAACAGCAAGGCAGGGUCUGCUCCUGUAAAAGCUACAGGAACAGCGAAUCGUGCUGGAGUUCCUCAUGGUCGGAUUGGGGAGAAAGGAGGUGGCUACCAAGCACAAAAGUUUGUACAAUCUCAUGUAGCAGGGAAUGCAUCCGGUGGUGGGACUCAACGUAGAUCAGAGACUACUCAGUUGUUCUCACUGGUUAAUAAGCUAUCGCAAAUGAAUUUGCUACCUGCAGUUGUUUUUUGCUUCUCAAAAAACCGUUGUGACCAGUCAGCGGACAGCUUAAAUUCUGUGGAUCUUACAAGCGGAUCAGAGAAGAGUGAGAUACAUGUUUUCUGUGAGAAGGCAUUCUCACGUUUAAAAGGAUCUGAUCGGCAACUCCCUCAGGUCUUAAGAUUGAAAGAAUUGUUGCGCAGAGGAAUUGGUGUGCACCAUGCUGGUCUUCUUCCAAUUGUAAAGGAAGUUGUUGAGAUGCUUUUCUGCCGUGGUGUUAUCAAGGUAUUGUUUUCAACAGAGACAUUUGCUAUGGGAGUAAACGCCCCUGCAAAAACUGUAGCCUUCCACACUGUGAGAAAGUUUGAUGGAAAAUCAUUCAGACAAUUGCUCCCUGGUGAAUAUACGCAAAUGGCUGGGCGAGCAGGUCGGCGGGGGCUAGAUGAGGUGGGUAUAGUCAUCCUGAUUUGUUGGGAUGAAGUACCAGAGGAGAGUGACUUGAAGCAUCUAAUUACUGGAAAACCAACAAAGCUUGAAUCCCAGUUUCGAUUAACCUACAGCAUGAUUUUAAAUCUACUUCGUGUUGAAGAUCUGAAGGUAGAAGACAUGUUAAAGAGGAGCUUUGCUGAAUUUCAUGCACAACAAGCUCUGUAUGAACAGCAGAAACAACUUCAGAAGGGAGAGGGAGAGCUUUCAAAGAUGAGGGCAGCUAUUGAUUGUAUCCGAGGUGACCCAACCAUUGAAGAAUAUUACGAAAUGCAAAGGGAAGCAGAGAAACUGGGUGGAGAAAUCCAGGAGACAGUCAUGCAGUCACGUGCAGCUCUACAGGCACUAACCCCAGGAAGGUUAGUGGUUGUCCGUACACCUUUGAUUUCCUUGAUUUCAUUGGGAGUAGUGUUGAAACCCCCAUCUACUGGCAACAAAAAUUCCAUUGUUCUGGUAUUGAAUCAAGAUCCAGCUUUCUCUGUGCCAGACAAAGAGGUGACCAAUAACAAAUUGGAGAUAAAAGGAGCCAAUAAACUUUCAGAAGGUUAUUACCGGAAAGGUAACAGGGACCUUGAAGAUGAAUACUUUGCAUUUGGGGGAUCAUCACGCAAAGGAACUGGAGCAGUAAAUGUGAGCCUCCCUCACUAUGGAAAAGCAGCAGGUACUGGGUAUGUGGUUACUGAAAUUGACAAUAUGGGAUUUAUAAGUAUUUGCAAGAACAAAAUACGUGUAGAUAAUGUCCGUCUACUUGAGGAUGUCAGUGCUACAGCCUAUUCAAAGACAGUACAAGAGCUAUUACAGCAAGAAAGGGAAAAUCCAAAAAACUAUCCCCCAGCCCUUGAUCCCUUUAAGGAUAUCAAGCUGAAAGAUCCGGAGAUAGUUGAUGGGUACCGAAAAAGAGAGACCCUUUUACAAAAGAUGGCACAAAAUCAAUGUCAUGGUUGUCCAAAGCUUCAAGAAAAUUAUGAGAUGAUCCACAAGCAGCAGAUCCUGAAAGAAAAAAUCAAGAAACUAAAAUAUGAAAUGUCGGACGCUGCUCUCCAGCAAAUGCCUGAUUUUGAACAACGAAUUCAAGUGCUGCAAGAAGUGGGCUGCAUUGAUUUUGAUCUUGUGGUUCAACUCAAAGGACGAGUAGCAUGUGAAAUCAAUUCUGGAGAUGAGUUGGUUGCCACAGAAAUGCUCUUUGAGAAUCACCUGGAUGAACUGGAACCAGCUGAAGCAGUCGCUAUUAUGUCUGCACUUAUAUUUCAGCAGAAGGAUACAAGUGAGCCUUGUCUAACCCCAAAGCUCAAGAUGGCAAAGGAAAGACUUUUCAAUACUGCUCUUCGACUUGGAAAUACUCAAGCAUAUUAUGGGCUUCCAGUAAAUCCUCAGGAUUAUGCAAAGGAUUCUCUAAAGUUCGGUCUUGUUGAAGUUGUAUAUGAGUGGGCCAAGGGUACACCUUUUGCCGAUAUCUGUUUUUUGACUGAUGUCCCGGAAGGAUCAAUAGUACGCACCAUUGUUCGUCUUGAUGAGACCUGCAGAGAGUUCAAAAAUGCAGCACGUAUAAUGGGUAAUUCAUCUCUUUAUGAAAAGAUGGAGGUGGCAUCUGAUGCCAUCAAGCGUGAUAUUGUUUUUGCAGCCAGUUUAUAUGUUACCGGUGUUACAUCAUAGAAUACUUAUUUUUAUAAUUUUCAUUUUUUACGUUAUGUGUUGGUUGUUGUGCAUAUGCAUAACAAUGUGUACAAGUAUGUAAAUGUAUAUUUCUUUGCACUCUUCCAAUUAGAAAUCAGACAUUGUAACAAUCAACCAGGCAGAUAUUUAAGAACUUGCAUAGGUAUUUCUUAAAUAGUGUUAAGCGAUUUAAAACUUGCUCAACUGUAGUAAGUUUUCUGGUAUAGAUUUGAUAUUAGUUUGCUAACCUAUCAUAGAUUGGGCAUA